AUGCCCGAUAAAGCAGAAGAGUGUAGUGGUUCAGGGCAGUGCCGUUCAACGGCCGGAAGGAGUAAGUUUCGGGGCAACGUUACAGUAGCUAUGUCGGCCUGCUGGAAAAAGAAGGAUCUGGCGGUGAGUUUGCAGAUGACUGGUCAACAAGACCUAGUAAGGAUGGAAGGCAAGAGGGGGGGUAUCGUGCCCCAGGACUGGUCUGAGGAGCUGGAAUUCGACGCUAUGAUAGGACCCAAAAUACCUGAGCGGAGCAAUUGCGCCUCGCAGCAGGGGUCAGAAAGACCAAGGCCUGAAAAUGCGGGAUUGGAAAGGGAGGUGACGAUAGAGGACGGGAUGGACGGAGUUCAGGCAGGCGACCUUAGCGUCUCGGAGAGCCCAUGGGAGUUCGGCUCGAGAGCCAGCUCGACUCCAGCUCCCUCACUAACUAGAUAG